AUGGCGCCGAAACGGAAAAGGAAGGAGCCUCCAAUAAGAUGCGAUGAAAUUCAAGGCGAACGUUUUCAUGCACCGACCGAAGAUGUGUUCACUCACAAUUGGUGGGAAGUGUUCUGCUUUCCAUACAUUCUGUGUGGACGAAUGUGGGAUUGUUUCGUAUCUUUGUGCUCCGGUACGAACCAAUGUCUGGUGUAUUGGAUGAUGAUUCAAUGGAUCGUGUGUAAGCUAACUAAACUCACGACCCCCGACGCUAUAAUAUUCCCCUACUAUUUCUAUAUGUUCUGCCAGACACACAGAAGCACAGUAUCCAUGAUGAAGGUGUGGGGAGCUCACGGGGAGUUCUGUGCGAAGCAUCAAUGGGAGGUCAUAGUGGCGACCCUUGCCCUCCUGGCCUGUGCUGCGAGUGUUGAGAGGCAUGGCACAGGGGUCAGAUCUGAACACUGUGCAGGCUGGGCUAGAGCCUGCCCAGGGUUAGAAGCGGAGUAUCAAGCGGCCGAUGCCGUCAUCAUGACAUUUGUCCGCUGCGCUGCAUUACUCUACGCCUAUUACCAAGUGUCCAACCUACAGAAAAUCGCGUCCAAAUAUCUUCUUAUAAUCGCUGGUGUUUUCUCAACAUUCGCAAGUUUCAUAUUCACGUCGGCGUUGGCUAGUUUGUUUUGGAGCGAGCUGGCGAGUAUUAAGGAUGCGCCGUUUCUGUUUUUAUUGGUCGCUGAUGUGGCUAGAGGGGCUAGGAUGGCUAAAGCCGGAUGGAGCGCGGGUGAAGAUCAAGGGAAGAGGGUUGGCAAAGCGCUUUCAUUACUGGGACCGACUGCGACUUUGGAUACACUACUAGCAGUUCUUCUAGUCGGUGUAGGUGGAUUAUCUGGUGUUCCAAGAUUGGAGCAUAUGUGCACAUUCGCUUGUCUGGCUCUGUUAGUCGAUUACUCUGUGUUCGUUACUUUCUACCCGGCCUGCUUGUCGUUGGUAUCCGAUUUCGCAUCUGGUAGAAAAGAGAUGAGACCGGAUAGCCCGUUUGCUGAAAGUGAUCUAAAACCCAACCCGGUGGUGCAGAGAGUCAAGAUGAUAAUGGCAGCUGGUUUGUUGUGUGUACAUCUGACGAGUAGGCUGCCGUGGGCUAAAGAGAACGGCAUGAUAGAAGGUUCAUUAUCAAACGACUUCAAGUCGACAUCAGAUGAAAAUGUUCUAUUCAAUUCCUACGUCAAAUGGUUCUCGGUGAGCGCCGAUUAUAUCGUCAUCGCGACCCUGUUGUGCGCUCUCAUUAUAAAAUUCAUCUUCUUCGAGGAGCAAAGGAACUGGGUCAUCGAUAUGAAUGAUCUAACGGUUAAGGAAGUCACCAAUAAAUAUGAUAAACCUAAAUUCAUUGUUGGGGAGGAAUUGAAAGCGGAGAUAUGUACUCAAACUGAUGAUCUGUUGAAUUGGGAGGAGACUGAAUGGCCUGUGCUCUCACCGAGCUCAUCAGCGGCUAAGCUUAACGCGAAGAAACGCCCGAUGGCUGAAUGCUUGGAGAUAUAUCGUUCUGAGGGUGUUUGUACAUCGCUUAGUGAUGAUGAAGUCGUAAUGCUUGUGGAACAAUCGCAUAUACCGUUGCAUAGAUUAGAAAAUGUCCUAAACGACCCCUUACGCGGUGUCAGGUUACGCAGGAGAGUCAUAUCAGCUAGAUUUGAAACGGAAUCUGCUGUGAAAAAGCUGCCUUAUCUUAAUUACGACUAUAGCAAAGUACUGAAUGCGUGUUGCGAAAACGUGAUUGGAUAUGUUGGUAUCCCAGUAGGUUAUGCUGGUCCCUUGGUCGUUGAUGGUAAAGCUUAUAUGAUUCCCAUGGCAACCACUGAAGGUGCGCUGGUAGCGUCUACGAAUAGAGGCGCUAAGGCCAUUGGAACAAGAGGAGUUACCAGUGUGGUUGAAGAUGUGGGCAUGACAAGAGCUCCCGCCGUAAAGUUACCUAAUGUAGUGAGAGCUCAUGAAUGCAGACAGUGGCUGGACAAUAAAGAUAAUUAUGCUAUCAUCAAAACUGCCUUCGAUUCAACGUCUAGAUUCGCGCGUCUCCAAGAAGUACACGUUGGUGUGGAUGGUGCUAUUCUAUAUUUGCGAUUCAGAGCAACCACUGGUGACGCAAUGGGAAUGAAUAUGGUGUCCAAGGGUGCUGAAAACGCUCUCAAGCUACUCAAGAAUUACUUCCCAGACAUGGAAGUUAUAAGCUUAUCUGGCAAUUACUGUUCCGAUAAAAAAGCAGCGUCUAUCAACUGGGUCAAAGGUAGAGGUAAACGUGUGAUAUGCGAGACCACAAUAUCCGCGACUAAUUUGAAGAAUAUAUUCAAAACUGACGCCAAAACUAUGACUAGAUGCAAUAAAAUCAAGAAUUUGUCAGGAUCGGCUUUAGCUGGGUCGAUAGGAGGGAAUAACGCUCAUGCUGCUAAUAUGGUCACAGCUAUAUUUAUAGCGACCGGCCAAGACCCAGCUCAAAACGUAACAAGCAGCAACUGUAGCACAAGUAUGGAGGUUUGUGGUGAGAAUAAUGAGGAUCUGUACGUAACAUGCACCAUGCCUUCCUUGGAAGUAGGAACAGUUGGCGGUGGAACUGUUUUAACUGGUCAGGGCGCCUGUCUAGAGAUCCUCGGCGUCAAAGGAGCGGCGGAACGACCAGCUGAAAACUCAGCCAGACUAGCUUCCUUGAUCUGCGCUACGGUCUUAGCCGGCGAGCUAAGCCUCAUGGCCGCUCUAGUCAAUUCAGACCUGGUAAAAUCACACAUGCGCCACAAUAGAUCGACUAUCAACGUACAGAACGCAUCCAACGAACUGAAAGUACCCACAUUAUAA